AAAUGAAACAAGCUUUUGAUUUGUUUGACAAAAAUAAGGAUGGGAAAAUCUCCUGUGAUGAACUUGGUUGUGUACUGCGUACACUAGGACAUGAGUACACGCAUGCUGAGAUUGAAGACAUGAUUAAACAUGCAGACACAAAUGAGAAUGGCUACGUAGAGUAUGAUGAGUUCCUGGUCCUCAUGAAGAGAUGGUCCACACACGGCAUAGAGUCAUUGGCAGAGAAUUCAACAGUCACGGAAGACAAAACAAAAGAAACCUUCAAGGUGUUCGACAUGGAUGGCAAUGGGUACAUAGACCAGCAUGAGUUGAGGUACAUCAUGAAGAGGCUGGGAGAGAACCUGGAGGAGCAGGAUGUUAAAGAGAUGUUCCAGCUGGCUGACCUGAAUGGAGAUGGUUUGAUAGAUUAUGAAGAAUUCCAGAAACUUCUGGGAGGUCUUGGAGGUGGUCUUGGUGCUAUUGGGGGUAAACAGGCACCGUCUUCGUCUGCAUCAUCUUCAACAUCUUCAACCUCAUCCAGCAAGCAGACUCCAAAAUCUUCUAAGUCUUCUUCUAAAGAUGGCAAAAAGAAGUGA